AUGGCAGUGGUUUUGCAGCUGGCAUCUUUUGGCAUGGCACUCAUCUCAACCAUCUUCCUGGUUGCAGCCACCUGGACAGACUGCUGGAUGGUCAAUGCUGAUGACAGCUUAGAGUUCAGCCACAAGUGCCGCGGGCUUUGGAGGGAGUGCGUCACCAACAUGCAAGAUGGCAUCAAGACCUGUGACCAAUACGAUUCCAUUUUAGCAGAACACCCGUUGAAGAUCGUGAUGACUCGAGCGUUGCUGAUCACGGCCGACAUCCUCUUGGGAUUUGCUUUGGUCUUGUUGGUGUCGGGUCUCGAUUGUGUCAAAUUUCUCAAGGACAAGCCGGAAGUAAAGAUGAAGAUGUGCUGUUCAUCUGGAUUAUUGCUUGGAGUUGGAAGUGUCCUUGGACUGGUGGGCUCGGUCUGGUAUGCUGUUGACGUCUACAUGGAGAGAACCACACUUGUGCUGCACAGUGUGUUCUUCUUGGGGAUCCACUAUGACUUCGGCUGGUCAUGCUGGUUGGGAAUGGCAGGCUCCAUGGGAUGUUUUGUGGCGUCCAUCAUGUUGACCUGCUGCCUUUAUGCUGUCACAGGAGAUGUUGCCCCAUCCAGGAGACCUCAACGCCCCUCAAACCAUUCGCGGGGGAUCACUUGCAGGAUGUAUGCAGUUGCUUCCCGAGUGUGA